GUUUAUUUUCAAUUGCAGGAAUAAGGUAAAAAACACAGGACCACUGUCAGUGGAGGAGGUGAAUCCUCCUCCAAAAAAAAGCAAAAAUGAAAAACCAUCGAGCAGUUCUAAUGAAGAUUCAAAUAUGUUCAAAUUAUCAAAGAUGCGAUAUGUCAGUGUCAGAGAAUUCCGAGGGAAAGUUAUGGUGGAUAUACGAGAAUAUUAUGAUGCUGAUGGUGAACUGAAACCAGGGAAAAAAGGUAUAUGCCUAAAUAUGGAACAGUGGAAUGCACUGAAGGAACAUAUUGAUGAUAUUGAUGCAGCUGUAAAGAAGUUUUAACUUUGGGAGCCAAAAAAAGAAAAGGCAUAUCUCAGAAUAUAUUGUAACCCUUAGCCAUUGUGUAUUUUUUCAAUUUGUUAAAUUUCAAAUGUCUGGUUUAAUACUAAAUCUUAAAAAUCUUGAACUAAAUCUUGAACUUCUUUUAUAUUCAAUAUUUCUGUUGUAAACAAGGGGGGACAUUAGUUGUAACGAAAAUUUAUAAAACAAAACUCAAUUUGUGUUUCAUUACAAACAUUUAUACAUUAGAUUUCUUAAAUUACCAGUAUGGUGUAUGUGUAUUAUGUAAUUUUCAGAGUAAUAUGUACUAUAAAGAAUUCUGAUAUAUUAAACUUUUAUGAGACUU